UUUAUGAAGGAUCCGCUCGAUCUCUGAUCUCCGCGGUGUUGAGCCGGGCGGUAGAAAUUGGACAGUGUUACUUUCAGAAGCCUCGUGGCACUAACCACGUAACCCGUCAGGAUGCCUGGAAUAGUGGUGUUCGGUCGGCGAUGGGUAAUUGCCAGCGAUGAUCUUGUGUUUCCCGGAGCUUUCGAAUUGUUCAUUAGGCUUGUAUGGUGGAUUGGAACACUGAUUUUGUACAUCGUCCAUAAGGGGCGGUUUGACUGUGGUGGCGGAGCAGUGCUACAUUAUUACCUGGUUGUGCUACUGGUUCUGCUUGGGGUCAUCAUCUUAACAUUAUGUGCAAUUGUUUAUGUAAGCGCUCAAGGCACUAUAAUGAACCCAGGGCCUCGGCGCUCAAUGCCAGCUCUGGUGUAUUUCCGUGCCCUGCUCUACAUCCCUGAGUUGGUGUGGGCUUGUCUCGGGGCCGUUUGGGUGUCGGACAACAGCAGUGGAUGUGAUCCUGCUGAAGUUGGUGCUGUCAUUGGAGCUGUGACUGUCAGCUGGAUCAUUCUCCUCUUCACGGUGGUGGGCGUUCUGGUCGUGUUUGACCCGCUGGGCAGCCUGCGUCGGUCUGCGCUGGUGGACGAACACGGCCUGAGACACAUGGAGAGCAGCGAGUCCUCCCAGCUGUUUUACACGGCGCGCUCGCUGGCCACGCGCGUGUGGGAGAGCCGUCUGCGUCUGCUCUGCUGCUGCCUGCCUCAGGACGACAACUACAGGGCGGCCUUCUCCAGCAUCGCCCAGCUCUUCAGCGGCUUCUUCUCGGACACAGACCUGGUGCCCAGUGACAUUGCGGCUGGGCUGGCUCUGUUGCAUCAGGAGCAGGAUAAGAUGGAACUGUGCAGAGACCCUGACGAGGUGGUACCACACAGUCCUUCCUCUCCUAUUAGAGAAGAUUUGGAAAUAGAGCUUGAGAAAGCUGCACAUUGUAUGCAGUUUGCUGCAGCUGCAUAUGGUUGGCCCCUGUAUGUUUACUCAAACCCUCUCACGGGAGUAUGCAAACUCAGCAGAGACUGCUGUCAAAACCGCAACGCGGAGUACGACCUUGUCGGGGGAGAUGGUCUGGGUUGCCACUUUACCUCUGUCUUACUCACCACUGGGCUUCAAUUCAGAGACUUCAUUCACAUUAGUGUUCACAACCAGAUUUACGAAAUUCCGUUCUUUGUGGCAUUGGAUCAUAAGAGGGAAGCUGUGUUGGUCGCUGUCAGAGGCACUUUGUCUCUCAAGGAUGUUCUGACAGAUCUCUCUGCAGACUGUGAGAAUCUGUCCAUCGAGGGUGUGUCAGGAGCCUGCUAUGCUCACAAGGGCAUAUCUCAAGCUGCAAGCUACAUCUACAAAAAACUAGUAAAUGAUGGCAUAUUGAGUCAGGCGUUUAACAUUGCACCUGAGUAUAAGUUGGUCAUCACAGGACACAGUCUUGGUGCUGGAACAGCUUCGCUGCUAGCUGUGUUACUGCGCAGCAUGUACCCAACACUGCAGUGCUAUGCCUUUUCACCACCAGGGGGCCUCAUGAGCAAAGCACUGGCUGAUUAUUCAAAACAGUUUGUGAUCUCUGUGGUGUUGGGAAAGGACUUGGUACCCAGGUUGAGUAUUCCAAACAUGGAAGACUUAAAGAGAAGAAUACUAAAAAUGGUGUCUAACUGCAGUAAACCCAAGUAUCAGAUCCUGCUGCACGGCUGCUGGUAUGAGGUGUUUGGGGGCACACCCGAUGACUGUCCGACAGAGAUGGACAACCGGAGGGAGGAGGAGCUAAGCCAGCCGUUGCUUGGCGAGGAGAGCCUGCUGGUCCAGCACUCCACCUCAUACCAGAGCUUAUCUUCGGAUGACACCCCCAGCCAUCGCCCUCAGUUACCCCUUUACCUGCCUGGUCGUGUCCUUCACAUCACAGAGGAUGGUCCCUCACGCAGGUCAGCGCCCUGUUUCUCUCAGGUGACGUACCGUGCGGAGUGGUCCAGCGAGAUGGCUUUUCGCAGCGUCCUGAUCAGCCCCCGGAUGCUCACAGAUCACAUGCCAGACGUGGUUCUCAAGGCCCUGCGCAGUCUCACGUGUGACCGGCCUUUUGCGCUCUGCCCCUCCUCUUUAAGCAACAGCCAUCUCAACGUCAUCUGAGGUCCCGUUGCUUUUGGGCAUCGCCCCUGGACUGCCUCUUUAACAGCGAUCGCACAAGGAGGACUCCUCCACUCACACUGUGUGGGACAGUUUCCU